GAGGCGGUUGGGGCGGAGUGGGGCUCGGGCGGCCGCCGCCAUGGACCCGUUCCUGGUGCUGCUGCACUCGGUGUCCACCGGCCUGUCGGACGACGAGCUGACCGAGCUCAAGUUCCUGUGCCGGGGCCGCGUGGGCAAGCGGAAACUGGAGAGCGUGCGCUGCGGCCUGGACCUGUUCGCGGUGCUGCUCGAGCAGAACGAGCUGGACGCCGAGCACACCGAGCUGCUGCGCGAGCUGCUCGUGUCGCUGCGGCGCCAGGACCUGCUGCAGCGCCUGGACGGCUUCGAGGCGGGCGCCGCGGGCAGGGCCCCGCCGGAGGAGCGAGAGCUGCGUGCAGCAUUUGACAUCGUCUGUGAUAACGUGGGGAGGGACUGGAGAAGACUGGCCCGGCACCUUAAAGUGACAGACGCCAAGAUCGACGCCAUCGAGGAGAAGUAUCCCCGCAACCUGACCGAGCAGGUGAGGGAGUCGCUGAGAGUCUGGCAGAGCGCCGGGAGGGAGGACGCGACAGUGUCCCACCUGGUGAGCGCGCUCAGGGCCUGCCAGCUGAACCUGGUGGCCGACCUCAUCCUGGAGGAUCAGCAGGCCCAGGAGAAUGAGAGCAAGACUGCGAGCAGUGCAGGUGGGGACAAGAGCCCCGCCGAGUCUCUGACGUCCUGGGGUUCGGAUGGGCCUGCCUUGGGGGGCCCCUGGUGACCCAGCUGCUCUUCUCCAGGGGCC